AUUUCGAUAUUUACAAACUCAACAAGAGACACUUGAAAAAUAUACUUGACAUCAAUUGACUAAACUAUGGCAGACGACAAAUCAUUUGAUGUGAACAUGUUUCUCAAACGACAUUUGAUCGUGAAGAGUUGGGCCAAUUAUAGGCAGCUAGAGUAUACAAAAAGUGAAUUGAUUCAACUCAUUGAUCUUGUGACACCAGCAUUGAAGGAAGAUAAUUCAUUGGCCCAAAUUUCGCCUCCAGUCACAAUUGUGGGUGAUAUUCACGGACAAUUCCAUGAUCUUAUACGCAUUCUAAACUACAAUGUUCCAAAGGAUGAUGCAAAAAAGAAAUCGGGCUAUGGAUUCUGUAACAAUAGAUUUGUAUUUCUCGGAGAUUAUGUUGAUAGAGGAAGUCAUUCCAUCGAAUGUAUAAGUUUGAUGUUUGCUUUGAAGAUCAUCUACCAAACCAACUACAUUCUUCUUCGUGGAAACCAUGAAACAAGAGCUAUCAACUAUGCAUAUGGAUUCAGAGAGGAACUUGUGAACAGACUUGGACCGGCUGAUGGUAAAGAGGUUUGGGAAAAAUUCAAUGAAGUGUUCGCAUAUAUGCCUUUGGCAUGCCUCGUGGGAGAAAAAAUUCUUUGUAUGCACGGAGGAAUUAGCCCACGUCUGAACACGUUGGAGGACAUUAAAAACAUCGAUCAUCCAUUAUUUGAAAUCGGUAAUGACAGUCUCGCUCAGGAUUUGCUGUGGGCUGACCCAACAGAUGGGCAAGGUCUGAUUGCUGUCAGUCAAACUCCGGCCUACCCCAAAAAUAUUGUCCGUGGACUCUCAGUGGUGUUCAAUGAGGCAGCCGUUCAUGAUACUUGUAAACGUCUUGGUAUUAAACUGAUUGUUCGUGCUCAUCAGAUGAUUCCCGAAGGAUUUAAGUUUUUUGCCGACCAAAAACUUCUUACGAUUUUCUCGGCUCCACGAUACAUGAAUGAAACUGAUAAUCAUGGUGCGACGUUGAAAGUCGAGACGAACGGGCGCUUGUCCAUUGGUCGCUUGAGAAAUAUGAAGGCUCUUCAUCCCAACGUAGCAGCUGACGAAAUCACUCGUGGGGAUGAUAUGCCAUCUGGCGCAAAGGUUGCAAAGAAAAAGUCCAACUCAAUGACUGUGUCAGCUUCUAAAUCGUCGUCGUCCUCGAAUUCUCAUGGCAAAGGCAAGAACAAAAGUGGAUCGAUUGGAACCCUAUAGAUUGAAAUAAAUGUUUCGAGUUUCA